AUGACAGAUGAAAGCCGAGUUUCCCUGGGAGACGAGCGAAACGACAAGAGAAAAGUGGACGAUUUCACAGCGUUGUACAAUUUGGACGCUGCCUCUUCUACUCGUGGUUUAGUCGACAACGGUCAAGAGGGUGCAUUUAAAAAGAUAAAACAUGAGCCCGGAUCAGGAUCUGGUUCGUCGAUUGGAGGGGUAGGAACUGGAGGGUCGGGUACAGGACACAACCCAUCAUCUUGUCCUACUCCCGCGCGACGAAGACAUCGGACAACUUUCACACAGGAACAACUACAAGAAUUAGAGGCCGCUUUCUCAAAAUCUCACUACCCGGAUAUUUACUGUAGAGAAGAACUGGCGCGAAUUACCAAGUUAAAUGAAGCUCGAAUACAGGUAUGGUUCCAGAACCGCAGGGCAAAAUACCGGAAGCAGGAAAAGCAAUUGGCCAAAUCGUUGUCUCCAGUCAUCAACCCAGCUUGUAAUGGGAUGAUGAGAAACAUAUACCCCACGACAUCCCGACCCUAUGCUGCUUAUCCAACUCCCACCAACAUGAACACGAUGGCACGCUAUCCACAGAUGAACUCCUCGUAUCCUCCUGUAGCCCAGUUCGGUGGGAUGAGUAGUAUGCCUACGGGCAACAUGGCGUCGAUGCCCCGUCAGGUGCAACAGUUCCAGAUGACACCAGACUACAACUUGGAGUCCCACGAGGAUGAUUGGUACAAUAAAAGUUUGACGGCACUCCGAAUGAACAACGCACACCAUGGGUUGUCCAACUCCGUACUACAGUAUCAAGCAUGA